UCUAAUGUAACAAAAUAUGCGUUUCUUCAAGACUGGAUACAGUUAUGGCUACGGAUUCGUCGACUUCCAAAGGGCGGAAGAUGCCGCACGUGCGAUUGAGACAUUGAAUGGCCUCGACGUGAUGAACAAGAAAAUUAAGGUAUCCUACGCUCGACCCCCGGGAGAACACAUCAAGGAUACCAAUUUGUACGUGGCUGGGAUCCCGCGGGAAUACAAUGAGAAUCAGUUCGAGAAGCUUUUCUCCGAGUACGGGCAAAUUAUCCAAAGGAAUAUUCUGAGAGACAAAGCUACUGGGGCGUCUCGCGGAGUUGGUUUUGUUCGCUUCGACACCAAGGACCAGGCGGAAGCAGCCAUCAUGGGACUCAACGGGACGAUCCCAAUGGGAAGUACGGAAGCGUUGAAGAUCAAAAUCGCGGAAGACCACGGGAAGCAAAGAGCCGCCUACAAUGCGGGUUGGGCGGCCGGUACUCGACGGGACGGCACUCGAAGCGGCCCAGUUGCCAUGGCUGGAAGCCCCGACGGACUCGCGGGGAAAUUCCCCAAUCCCAGUGGUAUGUUGUCGUCGUCGUCUUCCUCGCGCGGAGGACCCGGUGGGCCACCGAUGCCCGGCUACGGCGGCGUCGGCGCCAUGCGUAACGAUCGUCCGAAUAACAGGUUGUUCCUUCAGUCAUAA